AUGGCCGACAAACAGGCCACUGUCUUCAUCGUCGACCUCGGCUCGUCAAUGGCCGACUGCCACAAUGGUCGCAUCGAAUCCGACCUCGACUGGAGUAUGCGCUAUGUCUGGGACAAGAUAUCAACCGUCGUUGCAGCCUCACGUAAAACAUGGACCGUUGGUGUUGUCGGUCUUAAGACCGACGAGACGCGACACCUCCUCCAGGAUGAGGAAGGCUACGAGAACAUCUCUAUACUGCAGGAGAUUGGCCCCAUGUCCAUGAACUCACUCAAAGAGCUGCAGGACGUCAUUGUGCCCUCUGAAACGCACACUGGAGAUGCAGUGUCGGCCAUCGUCAUUGCCGUGGACAUGAUGGAGAAAUACACCAAGGCGCUGAAGUAUGCACGAAAGAUAUAUCUCAUCACUGACGGCACGGGUCCCAUUGAUGGAGAUGACUUUGAAGACAUUACGAAAAAGAUCAACCACGACGGUAUCGAGCUGAUUGAAGAGGACAAGCCAAGUCUGAAGGCAAGUCAGCCCCGACCACACUCUGACGAGUCUGGCACUAACUCUUUCCUCAAGAAAGAGAAUGAACGCCUUCUCAAGGACCUCGUGUCCAAAUGCAAGGAUGCCCAGCUGGCCACCAUCGCCGAAGCCAUUGACGAGCUGGACACGCCCCGCCUCAAACCCGUGAGGCCCUACAAGUCGUACGACGGCCCGUUGACUCUCGGCGAUGUCAAAGACCCCAAGCAUCCCUCACCCAUGGUUAUCAACGUCGAGCGCUACUUCAAGACGAAACUGACCAGGCCACCCCCCGCGUCCACCGUGGUGCUGAGGACAGAGCCUGGCCCCUCACAGGCCGCCGAAGGGGAGGGCAUGGAAGGCGUCGAGUCAUCGCUGAACUUCGGCGCCAUUCGACAAGCUCGCUCAUACAAAGUCAACGACCCGGAUGCACCCGGUGGCAAGCGAGACGUCGAGUUCGACUCCUUGGCGAAGGGCUACGAAUACGGCAGGACUGCGGUCCAUAUCAGCGAGUCGGAGUGGAACAUGACCAAGAUUGAGACCACCAAAGCGUUCGAGAUUGUUGGUUUCAUCCCGGCCGACAAAUUUGAACCCUUCCUCAGCAUGGGCGAGAGCUGUAUCACAGUGAGCCGCAAGCACGACGACAAGUCGCAGCUCGCCCUAUCCUCGCUCAUCCACGCCCUUUACGAGCUCUCUUCCUACGCUGUCGCGCGCAUUGUCCUCAAGGAUGGAAAGGAGCCGCAACUCAUCCUCCUGGCGCCUGGCAUCGAACCCGACCUGGAGUGCCUCUAUGAUGUCCCUCUCCCUUUUGCCGAAGACGUCCGCAGCUACCAGUUCCCUCCCCUUGAUCGCGUGGUCACAGUCAGCGGCCAAACUCUGACGAAACAUCGCCUGAUCCCUGAUGACGAGCUGAACGAUGCCAUGAGCGACUUUGUCGACGCGAUGGAUCUGGACACGUUUGUGAAGGACGAAGAUGGAGGAGAACCCACAGAAUAUGCCCCCAUCGACGAAUCCUAUAACCCGGCCAUCCACCGUAUCAACCAGGUCGUCCGCGAUCGCGCCAUCAAGCCGACAGGCGACAUUGAGCCCAUCCCUCGCGUCCUCCUCCGCUACGCCGAGCCACCAGAAGAUCUCCUCACAAAGGCAAAGGCUGACAUGAAGGCUCUCAUCAAGGCAGCCGAAGUCAAGAAGGUUCCUCCCAAGGCAAAGAACAAGCGCAACCGCGAUGCCGCCAAGCCUCUGUCCGGCCUCGACAUCGAUGCACUUCUCGGCUCUCUCCCGAAACGCGCCCGUCUUGUGUCCCGUGACAAUGCCGUUCCCGAAUUCAAGCAGGCCUUGACGAGCGCAACCGACGUUGCUGCGAUUGAGGAGGCGGCAUCCCAGAUGGGCGAGGUCAUUCGCGGCCUCGUCACUGACAGCUUUGGCGAUGCGGAGUAUAACCGUGCCAUCGAAGCGCUCGGCGUCAUGCGCACGGAGCUCAUUAACAUGGAGGAGCCUGCGAUGUACAACGACUUCGUCAAGGACUUCAAGACGAGGUUGCUCGCGGGGGAGUUUGGGGGUGAUCGGAGGGAGAUGUGGUGGCGUGUGCGGACAGGACGACUGGGUCUGAUCGACUCGGCGCAAAGUGAAGUGUCUGAGGUCACGAGCGAACAAGCUGCUGAGUUUCUCAAGUCCAAAUAG